AUGUCAGACACGUACAUCGCCCUUUACACCAAUAUCGACCAGACAAGCCCGUUCUCUCAACGGGUCGAGAUAGCUCUCGCCGAGACAGGUAUACGGCCUACGAUUGGGCUCGUCGACCUCAAGAACAAGCCAGAGUGGUUCACAACAUUGGUCAAUCCGUUCACGAAGGAAAUCCCCACCAUCGCCUACGGUGGACCCGUCGUCCCCGCCGACCAGCCAUCAUCCGAAUCCGUCAAGCUGACGGAGUCGAGAGUCAUACUCGAGUUUCUCGCUGACAUCUAUCCCUCCGCCAAGCUUCUCCCCGCGGACCCCGUCCAGCGUGCCAAAGCGCGGUUCUUUAUCGAGCGCGCUCAGAGCACGAUCACGGCUUCGUGGAUCGCCUUUCACAAGGACCAAGGAACGAAAGAAGCAUUACUAGAUGCAUUCGAGACGUUUCAGAGUUUGUUGCCUGAGACGGGAUUUGCGGUGGGCGAUUGGUCCAUUGCAGACGCCUGUGUCGCGCCGGGUAUAGGACGACUGGAGGUGAUCCUACGUGAAGACUUGGGCUCGUGGGAGAAGGGGGUAGGGCUGGAGUUGCACAAGGAGCUGUUUGGUGGCCAACGCUUCCCGCGCUUCGUGCGGUAUCUCCGGGAUCUCCAGGCGAGAAACAGCUGGAAAUCGACUUGGGAUGAGACCAGGUUCGUUGAGUAUAGGAGGAAGAGAUUUCCUUGA